AUAGUUUCUGUGGUCAAUUUUCAUUUAAAUGUCAAUUUUCCUAAACCCUGCCUAAACCUAAAAAAUAUAAUUUAUUUUAUUUUAUACCGAACUAUUAAUAUUUAAGCUAAAAUGAAUCUAGCGCCUAUCAUUUUAAAAAUUAAUCGAUUAUGCCUGCAACCGACAGUUCAAACUCAAUUUAGAGGAAUUUCCACAGCAAAUUCUCUAUUCUUCAAAACUACUCCGUGUAUGUUGGCUGAACCAUUAAAGAGAAGGAAACGUGUUGAUCCGGGCGUUGUUCGAGCAAGAGAAGAGAGGAAGAAAAGGAAACUGGAGAAACAAAUUCGAAGAUUGGAGAAGAACGCUAAACAGUUUAAACCGAUAGAGGAGUGUGAGGUCUCUCUUACAAUACUAGAUGAAAAAUUAGAAAGACAACGGGAAGUUGUACUAUCAGAAGAAACGUUAGAAAAACGAAUCUUAUUAGAAAAAAAAUGGGCAAACUAUAAGAGAGUCCAACUUUUAGACGACCUUCAGAUGAUUGAUCGAGUAAUGUUUGCCCAACAAAGAGCACUUGACCAAUUAAGAAAAGAAUCCGAGGAACUUUAUCAAGAAGCUAUACAACCUGACUUCCAUUUAAUACCAUUCAAAUCGGUUGGGCCUGUGGAAACUCCUUCAAUAGAGAAAUAUGAUGUGCCUGACGGUGAAUACGUAGAUAUUUCCAAAAAAUGGGAAUAAUGUACAGGGAAAUAAUUAGAAAUAUAGGUAAUAUCAUUUU